AUGGAGGGAGGGAGGGGAGUUGGGCGGGGGGCGCGGGAGGAGGCAGGAGACCUGAAGAAGAAGAAGAAGGUCGUCAGGAGAUACUGGGAAGGCGAAGCCCCCCAAGCCGACACAGAACAGAGUGGCGCUCAGGAUCCCAAGAAGCCGCGGCAGGAUGAGGCCUCCCCAAGGAAGCCGAUGGGUCCUGGCAGGAAGAAGUGGAUAUCAGGGAAGGUGGACCCGUUUCCUGGCCCGGCCUCCGUCAGCCGUGAGCAAGUGCGCAAGUUCCAGCGAGGAGCCGGGGGCAAACUGGGGAAGGUGUCCAACAAGCGCCUUAAGCGCCAGCUGGCCAGGCAGGAGGAGAAGGCCCAGGCAGCAGCCAAGCAGGCGGCCCGCAUGGAGAUGCUCCUCCUGGAGGAUGCUGGGUUCCUGGAAGGAGAUGAGGGGGAAGACACCUGCACCAUCGCCCAGGCGGAUAUUGCGGAGGCCGUUGACCUGGCUGCCGGCGCAAAGCAUUUUGAGCUGCGGCUGAACCAGUUUGGCCCGUACCGGGUGGAUUACACGCGCAACGGCAGGCAUCUCCUCCUGGGGGGCCGAAGGGGCCACGUGGCGGCCCUCGACUGGCACACAAAGGCCUUGAUGUGCGAGAUCAACGUCAUGGAGUCCGUUGCAGACGUGGCGUGGCUCCACACGGAGACCAUGUUUGCCGUGGCGCAGCGGAAGUGGCUCUACGUCUACGACAACCAGGGGGUGGAGCUCAACUGCCUCAAGCGCUUCCACGGGGUCCAGCGGAUGCAGUUCCUGCCCUACCACUUUCUCCUGGCCACAGCGAGCGAGACAGGCUUCCUGCAGUACCUGGAUAUCUCUGUGGGGACGGAGGUGGCCACCAUCUGCACCAAGGGGGGCCGGCUGGGGGUCAUGGCACAGAACCCCUCCAACGCCAUCGUCCACCUGGGACACAGCAAUGGCACAGUGACCCUCUGGAGCCCCAACGUGAAGGAACCCCUCGUUCGGAUGCUCUGUCACCAGGGGGCCGUGAGAGCGUUGGCGGUCGACGGCUCUGGCACAUACAUGGCCACCUCUGGGCUGGACCGGAAGCUGCACAUCUACGACCUGCGCGCCUACCGCCGCCUCCACUCCCUCCUACUGCCCACCGGCGCCGGACAGCUAGAUUUCAGCCAGCGGGGGCUCCUGGGGGCCGCAUGCCAGGAGAUCAUCCAGGUGUACAAGGACAUUGUCUCCUGCCCGCCCACAAAGCCUUACCUGUGCCACUCCCUUCCGCGCCCGGCUCAUGCCCUGCGUUUCUGCCCCUUUGAGGACGUGCUGGGCGUUGGCCACGGAGAAGGCUUUGCCAGCCUCCUGGUGCCAGGAGCCGGGGAGCCCAACUUUGAUGCCUUGGAGAGCAAUCCUUUCCGGAGCCGGAAGCAGCGCCAGGAGUGGGAGGUCAAAGCCCUCUUGGAGAAGAUCCCGCACGAGCUGAUCUCGCUGGAUCCCGGCCAGCUGGGCACCGUGGACAGGGUCUCUCUGGAGCAGCAGCAGAAGGAGCGUGCCGAGAGGCUGGGCUACGACCCCCAAGCAAAGGUCAAGUUCUGCCCCCGGAGGCGGACGAAAGGCCGCGACUCGGCCGUGGGGAGACUCAGGCGCCGGAAGAAGGUGGCCGCAGAGGAGCAGCGCGCUGCCAUUAAGAAGAGCAUCUCACAGCGCCAAGAGGGGCGGCCACCGCCGUGUCCGCAGGUCCCCAAAGCCCCCCAAGGUCAGAGGUCGGCCUUGGACCGCUUCCAGAAGUAGAAACGAGGCAAGGGGCCACCU